AUGACUAUUUUCGCCUCAAUAGGAGGCCAUCCUGACCAAGAACCAUAUAUCACAGUAUGGGAAGACUUGGUGAUGUAUCCGCCGGACUGGGUCCGACCAUUUCUUCCAAAUGAUAAAAUAAGAGUCCUAGCCCCAUCCUACUCAUACUUUAGACGGGGCGUACCUGUGACAACCAGGACUCUGGCUCUCACAGGAGUAGAAGAAGGGGUGACCAAUAAUGGAGGAGAUUAUGAAAAAUUGAAAGAACCAAGCCCUAAGACCAAGGUAUAUCCAGAGGUCGAAGGACCCCCUGAAUGGACUCCACCUGUAUCCACAUCUAUACCCACCGCCCCCCCAACUGGACCCCGGUCCCCAGACGAGGGAGUACCUGUGCCAUAUAACCCGGGGGGUUGGGAAGAAGGACCCUAUACCGGUACCAGGAGUAAACGGGGGAUAAUGCCUGAGGGACCAGGCUCCACUGUAGCCUUACCACUCCGGGCGGUGGGGCCAGCCCCCACAGAGCCAGAUGAGUUACAACCAUUACAGUACUGGCCCUUUUCGUCCUCCGAUUUGUACAACUGGAAAGCAAAUAACCCUUCUUUUUCUGAGAACUCUGCUGCCCUCAUAGGACUAGUCGAAUCCCUGAUGUACUCCCAUCAGCCCACAUGGGACGACUGCCAGCAGUUACUUCAAACACUUUUCACCACAGAGGAGCGAGAACGAAUCUUCUCGGAGCACGCCUAAAAGCGUUGGAAGUAGUUAGAAAAGAAGUUUGGGAACAGUUGAAGAACCUCUACGACCCAGGCGAGGUGUCGAUGCCCCAUUCGUU